GUAGCGUGCAUUUAUACAGCUCGUGUGUGCGUCCGCUGACAAGCCAGGGCAAGGAGAGCAGCCGGCAGAGAGCAGGCCCGGCACCGCCACCGCCAGCCAUGACGUUGGACGAAUCGUUCAAGAGGCCCGGCACCGUCCCGUUCAAGUGGGAGGUGCAGCCGGGCAUCCCCAAGCAGCAAGGUGCAGCCGGCGACGUCCCUCCGCCGCCGACCAGUCCGAGGCUGGCGCUUCCUCCCGCCGCCCGCGUCGCCGCGCCGCUGGCGACCCCGCACCCGCAGCCGUCGCACUCGCACCGGCGGUCCAUGUCCGCGCGCUUCGUCACGUCGCUGGCGCUGAUGCCCUUCGUCACGCGGCGGGGACGGGGAGGAGGAGGAGGAGGAGGAGGACGCGCCGGCGCCGGCGCCGGCAACUGCGAGGACGAAUUCUGCCUGCUGUACGGCGACAAGGCCGCCUAGUUAGUCUCUGUGCGCUGUAGAUAGAGAUCAGAUGUAGCAUGUAAACGUGGGAAUCAAGUUCUGGAACGACAGGCGUCGUCGUCGUCGUCGUACUAUGAACAAUCGACGGAAAACGAAAACGAUGAAGGGAUCGACAUGAACAAA